GCAGGAAGUUGGCCUGCUCUUAUCUCCUCCCUCUCAAUACUUAGAUAGCGACCAAACUGGUACAAGUUUUGCCAACAAGCCUUCAGUAACCGAUGGAGAAAGGAACACCCUGUAAUUCUUCAUACGUUUAGUAGUUGAUGAGCUACAGGAUCGUUGUUAAUCUUUUUUACGCUUUAAAUUGGAUAGUGGCAGUUUUUAGUCAUGCAAUACCAGCACCCUGUGUCUUCAGCCAUGAGUGUUCCUCUUUAUGCACCGACCCCACUUCAGCCCGUCCAUCCAACUCCGUUCUACAUUGAAGAUAUCCUGGGCAGAAAUGUGACUCCGACGUCUUCUGCAGUCGUCCCGACUCCAACUCUACCGUCCCCAAAUUCGUCCUUCACGAGUUUGGUACCCCCUUACAGAACUCCCAUCUAUGAGCCAACGCCGAUUCAUCCAGCAUUCUCGCACCAUGCAGCACUGACAGCUACAUACGGCUCUAGCGCUUUUGGUAAUUCAAUGUACCCAUUUCACCGCGCGGUCGGGGAAUACGCCCAUGCACUGAUCAGGCAUGAUCAUCUUGGUAAACCACUUUUAUGGACCCCAUUUAUUCAAAGGCCCCUGCACAAAAGAAAGGGUGGCCAAGUAAGAUUCUCCAACGACCAGACAGUUGAAUUGGAAAAGAAGUUUGAGACGCAGAAAUAUCUCUCACCGCCAGAACGGAAAAGAUUGGCUAAGCUGUUACAACUAAGCGAAAGACAGGUGAAGACUUGGUUCCAAAACCGGAGAGCGAAGUGGCGACGACUCAAACAGGAAAACCCACAAGGUGUAAAGCGAGAAUUGGAAGGCGAAAACGCCGAAGUAAAUUGCGAGGCGAGGCAGGAACUGGGUAUCACUGCCAACCAGAGAAGCACAGAAAUUGCAAACAGUCGGUCGCAGUGUUCCUCUUCUCCGGUAUCGCAGGAAGAAAUUGAGUCAGACAUUUCGGACGAUUCGGAUCAAGAGCUGGACAUUGAAGACGACAUUGAUGCGUCUUUAAAUGCGCAAAUAUGAGAAAGGACUGACUGGGGGAAUAGGAGAUUUCCGCCUCCUGACCAUUCCCCCUAAACUACAUAUCACUUAUAAAUAAAUUGUGCUUCAAAAUUAAGUUUGUACAUAUGUGUGUAUAUUUCGUAGAGACGAUGUUGUUGUUAAUGUAAGUUAAGAAUAUAUCUUAGGCCUAUGGUAUUUUGGGGUUUAAAAUAAACAAAAUGUAUGCAUGGGGUCGGGGGUGUGGUCACGGCAGUGAAACCUUUUCCAAAUUUUAAAGAGCCCGGCUUGAUUAUUCACUAAUUGGGCCUACUGCUUUAGUGGGGAAUAUUUUUCACGUUCUUUAAAUUGCCGUUUUUGUGUUUGUGAUUUUUAAAUAAAAAAUACUCUUGUGAUAGA